AAAAAAGAAAAGAAGAAACUAUAACACUUUUUUUACUUUAAUAAAUAAAAAAUAAAGGAAAUUUGUUUUGUUUUUUUAAGGUCAUUUUUGUUAGGAUGUCAUUUAGCUCGAAAUUUAUCCGUAUUUAUGAAAAUCUUCCAUUGUUCUUGCUUGGUCUUGUUCCCGAGAACCAGAAAACUGUCACUCACUUGCUCUAAACCCCACUAAAACCCCAGAAACCCAAGAUUCGAAUUUUCUAACCAGCCAAGCACUCUCUCCGAGACUCCGGGACCUAUCCGAUGUCCGCUAAUGUCCGCUGUGUUCAGAACACUUUCCAGGUACACUCUCCCCAAAUCUUAAGCUCUCAAAGCCUCGAGUUUUUGGAUCAGUUUUUACCUUUCUCUUCUCCCGAUUCCAACUCUUCGAGCUCGCUUAACGCAAACGAACGGCGUAAAAUCGCUGCUGGGUUAUCGAAGAUAGUUAAAGUCCGGAAAAGUCAUCUAUUGAAGGUUUUUUCUAGAGAGUUUUCUCCAUUGGUGCUUGUUCGGUUAAUGGAGCUUUUGGGUUCCCGAGAAACUGCAUUUUCAUUCUUUAAACUUGCAUUUAGAGACUAUUCUGAUAAAACUGUGAGAUCUUGUUGUGUUGCUGCACAUAAUUUAGCGGCCAGAAAUCUCCGGUUCUAUGCCCAGGAUGUGAUUUCUUGUGUUAUUGCUAGAAUUGGUGUUAAUAGAAGUAGAGAUGUUGUGGGGUUUAUGUGGGAAGGUCACCAAGAAUUCGAGACGGAUUUCUCUGUUCUUGAUACGCUUAUGCGGAGUUAUAUGAAUGUGGGAAUGGCAAAUGAGGCACUGGAGGUUUUGACUAAGAUGUGGGAGGUGGAAGUGAGGCCUAGUGCUUCAGCUAUUAAUGUUCUGUUUAAGCUGUUGCUUAGAAUUGGUGAUUAUGGUAGUGUGUGGAAGUUGUUUCGGGACAUGGUUCGUAAGGGGCCAUUUCCAACUAAUUAUACUUUUAACAUGUUGAUUCUUGGAUUUUGUCGAAAAGGGUUUCUCAGCAUUGGAGAGAAUUUAUUACAUGUGAUGCGGAAGUUCCGCUGUGAACCAGAUGUUUUUACUUAUAACAUUGUGAUCAAUGCUAAUUGUGUUAGGGGGCAGACUAAAGUUGCACUCAAAUGGAUGCGUUUAAUGAUUGCAACUGGUUGUCAACCAAGUAUUGUGACCUUUAAUACAGUCGUAAAUGCUUUGUGCAAGGAGGGAAAUUUUGUGGAAGCAAGGAGGCUUUUUGAUGCAAUCCAUGAGGCUAAUGUUUCUCCAAAUACCAUAAUAUACAAUACCAUCAUUGAUGGGUAUGUUAAGUCAGGGGAUAUUGGUCAGGCUAACAUGUUGUAUGAAGAAAUGAAGUACAAAGGUUUAUCUCCUGAUGGCAUAACCUUUAAUAUAUUGAUUUCAGGUCAUUACAAGUAUGGAAAGAAAGAGGACGGAAAGAGGUUGUUGAGGGAAUUAGCUUUAUCAGGAUUGUUUUCUGAUAGUUCAUCAUACGAUAUUUCAAUUGGUGCUUUGUGCUGGGCAGGUCAAUUGGAUGAGGCCAUGGCAUUGUUAGAGAGUAUGCUUGAGAAGGGAAUACCUCUCAGUGUGGUUGCUUUUAAUUCAAUCAUUGCAGCUUAUAGCUGGGAAGGAUCGGAAGAAAAAGCAUACAAUGCCUAUAAGAUUAUGACCAGAUAUAGUCUAAGUCCAUCAUCUUCCACAUGUAGUUCUUUGAUUAUGGGCUUGUCCAAGAAGGGGAGGCUAAAUGAAGCAAGGGAACUUUUGUGUAAAAUGUUAGAAAGGCAACUUCCUAUUAAUAGAGUGGCUUUCACGGUGCUGUUAGAUGGUUACUUGAGGGUGGCAGACUUAAAUGGCGCCCAAAGCCUGUGGAAUGAGAUGCAAGAGAGAGGGAUAUUUCCUGAUGCUGUUGCCUUCUCAGCCUUUAUUAAUGGACUUUCUAAAGCAGGUUUGAUGGAGGAAGCACAUGACUUAUUAUUAGAGAUGUCAAGGAUAGGUUUGGUGCCUAAUAAUUUUGUAUACAGUUCUUUGGUUCAAGGGUUUUUAAACUGUGGUAACCUGAACGAAGCAUUGAAGCUAGAGAAAGAGAUGAGGCAAAAGGGUCUCCUUCCAGAUAUCUUCAUGGUAAACAUGAUCAUUAAUGGGUUUUGUAAACAGCGAAGAAUGGAUUUAGCAAUGGAAAAAUUUAUGGAGAUGCAUCUGAGUGGACUGGGACCAGAUAUCAUUACGUUUAACACGUUAAUUGGUGGUUAUUGUAAAGCAUUUGACAUGGUUUCUGCAGAUGAGAUUGUGUACACAAUGUAUGCUAGUGGGUGUGACCCGGAUAUCACAACCUAUAAUAUCUACGCCCAUGGUUUCUGUAGCAAUAGAAAAAUAAAUCGAGCAGUGAAGAUGCUUGAUGAACUGGUUUUGGCAGGUAUAGUUCCAGAUACAGUAACAUAUAACACUUUGUUGAAUGGCGCAUGCGGUGACAUAUUGGAUAGAGCUCUGAUUUUGACUGGAAAACUGCUUAAGAUGGCUUUUGUUCCGAAUGUUGUUACGACCAAUGUAUUGUUGACUCACUUCUGCAAGCAGGGGAUGCCAGAGAGGGCCCUAAUGUGGGGUCAAAAGUUGAGUGAGAUUUCCUUUGAUUUUGAUGAAAUUACCUAUAAAAUAAUGGGCAGGGCCUAUCAUAGCAUAGAAAAAAAUGCAAAUGUUGGCUUAAGAGAAACAUCUGGAAAAGGUUUUUUCUUGGAUUCCCUUAUGUACAUUACGUAUGAUUAUUUUUGUAGAAAUAGAUCAUCUCAGGAAGUAAACCAGAAUCCUCUUACACUAACUGAAUGUAGGUUUAAGGGAUCCUGAAACAUGCCAAAAUUGGUUCAUGUCUCUGACUUGUCUUUCCUUUCUCAAAUUUUGAGCAUCUUCAGUCCAUGACAUUCAAGCAGCAGCUAUAAAGAAUGAGCGACAUGCUUGGAUUGCAAUGGAUCAACAGAAAAAUUGAAAAGCACAACAUGGAGAUAGGAGUGGGAAAGAUAAAUGGAACUGAAGCUAUGAGAAAAAGAUGGUAUGGUUUAGAAGGGUUGUUUUACAAAUGUUUCUUAGAAGGAGUAUAUUUGCAGCGUCGAACAUGAACAUAUUAAGAUUAUUACUAGAUAUCGUUAUUAUAAUUCUGUGUGGCUCAGCAAUGUCAAAGAAGCUAGAUAACAGACUCUAACUGUAUAUGAUUUCCCUCAACUUGGCCAACUCCAAAAUGUUGAUCCUUCAAGGAUGGGAAACUUGAGAUUUAGCACCAACCUUGUUGGUAGAAAAAUUGUGUCAGUGACAUAUGAUGUCUCUUCUAUAGCCAUUGUUGCUGAGCAUCAUUCAACCGAAGUUUGGAUGUAGUACUUUGCAAAUGAGUAAUAUUUUCUCUCCUUAUAAAUAUUUGUAAUAAUCCAAUUAACUUGUAAGAUAAUUUUGCCUUUUUUUUCACUCCGUAAUUAUUUUUAAAUUCAGUAUGCAGAAGCACCUCAUAGACAGUAAAAUCCAGCUGAGAGGAUCAAUUUUUGUUCCUUUAGCUAGGCUAAUGCGUGCAGAAGGUCCAAUUGCACCAAAUGUAGGACACUUUUCUGGGUAUCCAAACCUUGUGGUUCACUGGUUAGUUUGUUGUCCUGUACCAUGGCUUUUCAGCCUAUUAGAAAAUUACAAGUUUUAUUUAUUUAUUUUAA